CACACACAGAUUCUGGCUGUGACCGAUUUUUCCCACCUCUUUGAUUCAUCCUAACACACAACAACACACUGCUAGUUCCCUUUCUGUGGGAUUUCAGGCGCCGCAGCAUGAACGCACCGACCGAAUCUGUGUCGAUAGAAAUGAUGCACUCCGACGUGUAUAGUUUUUAAAAUGCGCAAAUAGUGUUUAUUUUUAAGAUAAAAGAGGAAGACGGGACGGAUUGGGAACGUGCGCUGUGGCAUUCUGCUCCUGUUCACCUAGAAGCUAAUGGGGAGAUCGCACAGUCGGACUCAAAGCUAGAGCGCUCAAGACCAGACUGUCUACUUCCAUCGUGUCGGCGACUCCGUACUGUCGUGUUGGAUGCAGCUUAAUAAGCAGAAGAAGAGAAAGAAAGGAUUUCUCUCGCUCCAGUGGACUAGAUUGUAUUCGGAAUGAUGAAAAAGUGAACUUUAAUAGUUCCAGAAACCAAAGAAACAAGUGAGGCGGACAGAUAUAUUUUGUGGGAGACUUCAGGCGGAAGUAGGCGCCAACAUUUCCCGCGUGGCAUCAUUGGUCGGGUAAGAAAACAGGUCUACCUGUAGGAUGACCAGCCUUUUCCGACGCAGCAGCAGUAAUGGAGGGUCUCGGGAUGGUGGGGGCUCGGCUACAGGUGAGCUCAACAACUCCAGGCCCAACCGGCAAGUUCGACGGCUGGAGUUCAACCAGGCCAUGGAGGACUUUAAAACCAUGUUCCCUAGCAUGGACUAUGAGGUGAUCGAGUGCGUACUGCGCUCCAAUAAUGGGGCUGUGGAUGCCACCAUCGACCAACUCCUGCAGAUGAGCAUUGAUGGACAAGGCUCAGAUGACAGUUCGGACUCAGACGACAGCAUCCCAGCAGAGAUUCUUGAGCGGACCCUUGAGCCAGACAGCUCAGACGAAGAGCCGCCCCCUGUCUACUCGCCACCAACAUAUGACAUGCACAUAUAUGACAGGAAAUAUCCGGAUGCUCCUCCUGUUCCUCCACCCAGAUUUGAGGCCCAACCUCCUCCUGGACACAGACAAGUGCAAGGUUACAAAAACUGGAACCCACCGUUACUUGGCAAUCUGCCUGACGACUUCCUGCGAAUCUUGCCCCAACAGUUGGACAGUGUACAGGGCUCUCAGAGUAGCAUCUCCGAACCCUCUUCCUCCUCCUCCUCCUCAGUACCCCAGAAGGUCCCCACUGUGGCAGCCGCCGCGGAAACAGGCGGCACUUCAGAGCAGGAACGCAAACUGAAGCAAUAUUUGGAGGAUGAGCGUAUUGCUCUCUACCUGCAGAACGAGGAGUUCAUGAAGGAGCUGCAAAGGAACCGAGAGUUCCUCAUUGCAUUGGAAAGAGAUCGAUUGAAAUACGAGUCAAAGAAAUCCAAAUCCAGUCAUUCAUCAGCUAGCAUGGAGAACUCCACAGGUGACCACUAUGCUUCCGGAUCGGUAGAGGCCUGUACAGCAGUCUCAGAUGACGCUCUGUUUAGAGACAAGCUAAAGCACAUGGGGAAAUCAACCAGGAAAAAGCUGUUUGAAAUUGCCAGAGGGUUCUCAGAGAAGACAAAGCGGAGGAAGUCUAAAAGAAGAACGUUGCUACGGCAUCAUUCAGCCAACUCCACUGCCAACCUCCUAGAUGAUGUGGAAGGAAACCCAUGUGAUGAAGAAAGUCAGCUUAGACGAUUGGCUCCUUUGUGA